ACUGCUGACGGCUGAUCAUCAUCAUUUUUCUGGUGAUUGUAGUUGUGACGAUAAUAAAUACCUAUAGUUUUACUUUGGUGAUAUAUUUUUUAAAUGAUUUAAUUAGUUUUUAUAAUUCCUUUGUUCUUGAAGCUUAAAAUUUAAGAAUUUAAAAUAUAAAAGACUAUAGUUUGACCUAUAAAAAUAAAUGGUGACUAAUUGAUUGAUAAAGAUAGUAUUAAUAAAUAUAUAGGUAUAUCGCGGAGAGAUAAGAGUUUAUCAACAACUUUGAUUGGUAGAAAAAGCUAUUAAAUUUUUGUACCACGUGCCAUUAAAAGUUGUCAUUUUUAUAUUUUGAUUAAAACACAACCUCUGAAAUAAUGGCUUUGAUUUAUUUAGAUGACAAUGAUCCUUGGAUCACCGAGUACGAUGUCUGUGAAAAACUUUAUGAUGAUAUUAUGGAGCAGCUUAAUCAGCGCCAAAGUAAACCAAAAGCUUCAUUGGCAUUUGCCAGUUUGUCCGCAAAUGUUCGUAUUCAAAUGAACCAAUACUCUGAUCAUAUUUUACAGUUGAAGAAAAAAGUUGCUGAAGCUUUGAAGCUCAGACUUAUAACUGUCGAUGAAGCAGAAAGACGAACAAGACAAAUAGAACAGUUGCAAAGUAAUUAUGUAAAAAUAAAACGAUUUUAUGAUUUAAAAAUGAACCCAACAGGUUCUGAGAGACCAAGUUUGUUUGGUAAUUCAAGUACUGCAUUUGCUGACGGUGGUACUGUUGGAUGGGAUGACCAAAAUGACCAAUCAGACAGUAAUGUCAACAUCGCUGAUCUCAAAUCACAAAACCAAGCUGCUCUUUUGGAACAAGAACGAGGUCUAGAUGAAUUGUACAAAGUUAUUACAAGACAAAAAACAAUUGCUCAGACAAUAAAUACUGAAGUCGAUCAUCAAAAUGAAAUAAUUGAUGAUCUAGCAGAGCAUAUGGAACAAACUGAUGAAAGAUUAAUAGAUGGAACAAGACAAAUUCGAUUUAUUGACCGAAAAGACAGAACAUGUGGCUAUUGGGUAGUAAUUAUUUUAUUAUUUAUUAGCAUAAUUUGUGUGGCUGUUGUAUAA